AUGGCAACGCCAUCCCAAUGGCAAGCACAACUUGUCCCUCAGUCCAAGCUACAAGACGCUAACUCAUCAUCAGCUCGGGUUCGGCACUGGGGCCGCUUGGUACAAGGACCACCCAGACGAUCCUCUGAAUCCCAAGCUCCCGACUCAUACGGAACUGAGCGAGAAGUUGGCCUAGCAAUACAACAAAGCAGCAUUCCACGAGAGAAACUCUUCAUCACCACCAAGGUUGAGGAUGGGUGGGAGGAUGUUCCGGCUGCUCCGGACGCCAGCCUUGAGAAACUGCAGUUGGAAUACGUGGAUUUUUACCUUUUACACAACCCAUACGUGAUUGGCUCUAAUGAAGGCAUACAAGCAGCAUGGAAGGGUCUUGAGACUGUCAAAGCCCAAGGAAAAGCCAAGUCUAUCGGCAUUUCCAACUUUCAGAGACAUCACACCGAAGCCCUUCUCGAGAUAUGCGCUAUUAAACCUGUAAUAAACCAGUUAGAAUUCCAUCCCUAUCUGCAGCGCGCCAACGAUUUCGUGCCUUGGAUGCGCGAACAAGGCAUCGAGGUCUCAUCCUUCAAGACUUUGGCGCCAAUCACUUUGGCUUAA